UGAAAUCGGUCACUCCCCCAGUUUCAACCAAUCGGUAAGCUCGAGCUCGGAAAAACAACUAAAAAUAACCCUUGUUCGACCAUGCUGUUUCCCCCGGCUAACUCAGCUGUUAGUCUCUCAAUCGGAUCACCGUACUUGUAUAUCUAGCAAUAUUUUCCUGCUUAAACUUGGAUUGCAUACUGAAACGUCGCACGCUGAAGUUUGAAAGCCGUGUGUGAACAGGUGCACAUCGACGUAUUUCAUUGUUCACAAAAUGUACUAAAGCCUUUGAAACGCAUAAGGAUCCAAGGCCAAAGUACCCGGAUUUGAACAACAAACGAACUGUGUCACUAGACCGAUCCCUUACAUCAGCUUUCAUUGAGAUACAACAACCAGCAACGUUUAAAACCAUUUGAAUCGUUGACGACCAACAUGCUUCUGUUUAGCCCUCCAUUCUGAAAGUUGUUCUCCCUCGCUGUUCGAGGACUUUAUUCUGUGAUCUGUUUGUCAAAGAUUGAUCUGAACAAGAAACUAUAAAUGAAAAGUGUGUUCAAUAAAGAAAAGAACUCGUUUACCUUGAUUAAAGUUUUGAUUAAAAGGAAAAGCCAAACAUCUCUAGCGACAAAUAAGUUCUAGAACUUUUUUUAAAGCACGUUUUGGACUUAAAGCUUAUUUUAUUAGCUUUAAUUGUGUACAUUUUUUUUGUUACAUCACUUAUCAGGUGCUACACUUUGUUGCUAUUUUCGUCCAAUUUUGACAAGUCUUUCAUAGUUAUAAACUAGGUCAUAUUUGUUUAUUUUUAAACCGGUGUUUUGUUGUAAAAAGAUAGUUAUUAUCAAUUGACUGAAGGAAAUACCCACAAAACAUUCCUACGGUUCAAAGUUCACCUGGUGAAUUCCUCUUUGGACUGGUCGUCUGCCCGCAAGGAUGAACUGCUACGCGACGUCUGCCGGGAUGGCCCAAACCCGAAAGUCCAGCCGCCAGGCGUGUCGACCCCUGGUGUACGUGACCAGACGCAUCCCCCAGGAGGGCGUGGACAUCCUGCUCAAGGCCUGUGACGUCAAGCAGUGGGACGCCGAGCAGGCCGUGCCCCGGGGGGAGCUGCUCCACAGCGUGGCUGGGGUGGAGGCUAUCUUGUGUAUGCAAGGGGACGUCAUCGACGCCGACGUGCUGCAGGCAGCAGGCCCACAGUUAUGUGUUAUUGCAACCAUAACCCCUGGCACCUCACACAUUGACAUCAAGGAAUGCCUAGCCAGGGGGAUCGAGGUCAUCACUUGUCCAGAACAGCCCACUGAUGUCUUAGCUGAGCUGACCAUUGCCCUGAUGCUGUUGACCAUUAAAGAAAUGCAGACUGAUGAAGAGCGCUUACUGCAAAUGGAUGUUCCUGACCUAAUUUCAGACAGACCAGAAGAGAUCACUAGCUCAUGGAUUAACAACAGGCCUCGCCUGAUGCGCCAACAGUCCGAGGAGAGACUGGCGUUCCAGUGGAUCAACGGAAAACCAGGCAACAUGAACUGUCCCACUUGGAGAAACAUUGCCCAAAAAACAUUUGGGGUGUACGGAAUGACCAAACUGGGAAAGAGCGUCGUCAAGUUGUUGAAGAAUAUUGGCGUGACGCAGGUGCUGUUUGCUGACAAGGAUGUGGAGCUGGAUAACUCCAAUUUGAAUAUUCUCAAAGCUGAUUGCAAAGUUGUCUCCUUUGACGACCUCCUGAGUAUGUCCGAUGUUAUUUGCGUGUGUGGAUCAUCCGGAGCCCAGUCUGAAAGUGUAUUUUGCCGAGAGUCUUUCAAAAAAAUGAAGAAACAAGCCAUCCUGAUAACAACCCAGAGCGAGGAGAAGUCCAUUGACUACGUGGACUUGUACGCAGCACUGAGGGACGGGCAUAUCAAGGCUGCAGGGCUUAAUGACUGCAACCAGGAGCCAGUUCCUUUCAAAACGCCGUUGCUGGGGCUUAAGAACUGUAUUUUUCUGCCUCAGACACAAGAGAGCGUCUAUGACAUGAGGCACAAAGUUUCUGUUCUCAUCACCAAGAAUCUCACUGAGACCCUGAGAAAAAUCUGCAAGAAUGAAAAGUAAAAAAAAAUAGUUCACCACAUAAAUAAUUUACCUCUAGUUAUCUAAAUUGGGCUUUUGGGUUGUUGUUUUUUAAUUACCAUAUUUGUUAACAAUAUCACAUUAUUUAAAAAUUAAUGUUAAAAAAAAAUAUUUAGAAACUUGACUUAAUCUUAACUUAAAAUACUUAAUUAAUUACACCAAGUAUAUUGUUUUUGUAAUGACUAUCUAAAUGUUAGUGGAGUUAGUCUUAAUAUUGCCCAUGCAGUUCUAUGAGUAUUUCACCUCUGUGUAUGCAGUGUUUUGCAUUGUAUUUUAACAGCCUGCAGAGCUUGAUCUUUACUAAGUCAAUUAAAGCACUGCUUUAAUAUUUUAUAGUCUUUUGCUUAUAAAAUAGACAAACAUUUGCAUUGCAAGCAUUGUGUGAUAAGAUAUUGUAUGUUUUUUAAAAUUUGUAUUCCAUGCUUUCAUAAACUGUUACGGGGUUGCCACGUAAGAUAAUCAGAAAUUAGAAACCAAAAAUUUAGAAAAUAUAUACCACAUUAUGAGAACAUUUUAAUAAAAAUUCAUCCUGAAAUGAUUUUCUAAACAUUACUAUUAAUGAUGCUGUA